GAGCUUCGCGCCGCUCUAGUGGCAACCCGCCUGACCCCUCUCGAUGCUCCCUUACACUUUAUAUGCGAAUCCAAGUUCCUGGUACCAGCCCUCACAACCAAACUGCCCGCUUGGGAGGACGCAGGCUGGAUAGGAGUCCGUUUCUCCGACGAACUCAGAGCUCUCACGAACGCCCUACGCCGCAGAUGCGCACCGACCUACCUUAAGAGAGCCCAGACAGACUCUGAGUGGGGCACUAUCAAUAAGGCGAACUUGCUACUCACCGAUGGAGCGCAACCGGCUGACCCACGUGAUUCCGACCUUCGACGAGACGCUGCUUUCGACCUAUCCGGUGCCCGUCUAGCCACCCUCACACAGAAGCUCGCUUACGUGGGGGUGAGGGAGACUGCAGUCACAGAAGACCGCCGCCGAACGACUGCCGGUGUCUCCGAAUGCGUCGAUGCCAUGCUGGCUGCCGGCUUUCGGAACCCUCAACCGGCCGACCUGUGGCGCAGUAUCCGACACAAGGACAUGAGACGUCCAAUCACCGACUUCUUGUGGAAAGCCAUACAUGGGGCACACCGCAUUGGGCCAUACUGGGCGAAGAUCCCCGGGUAUGAAGACCGGGCAAAGUGUACGACCUGUGGAGAAGAAGAAACACUGUCCCACAUCCUCCUCUCCUGUGAAGCGACGGGACAGAGCAUGAUCUGGGAACUCACGCGUAACGUCUGGGAGCGGAAAAAGCUGCCUUGGGCCAUACCGAGUACUGCGGAGAUCCUUAGUGUAGGAUCGGUUUUCUGGACACGCCCCGGGAAACGCACACGACGGGAAGGAGCGUCCCGCCUGUGGCGUAUACUGAUCUCUGAAUCGGCCUUCCUUAUUUGGAAACUUCGGUGCGAGCGCGUAAUCGCGCAUGCAGACGAGGAGGAGUGGCAGCACGCGGUAGAGAGUGUCGGUAACCGCUGGCUCUCGAACCUGAACCUCAGACUGCACCGGGAUUGCGCCAUGACCCACCGCCGCUUCGGGCGGCUGGCAAUCCCUACCCUGACUGUCCUAAGCACAUGGAAUGGGGUAAUUCAAGACGAGUCCGCCCUCCCUGAGGACUGGACCAAAUGUUCAAAGGUUUUAGUGGGUAUCACGCCCCGCAUCCCCUUGGAUGCUGGGUGA